GAAAUGGCAACAGAAGGCAAAGGACAUGAAAGAAAAUCAUGAGAAAGAUUCCAUGUUGUAGAUCUGAAGCAAAUGUCGAAGCUAACUCCAAACAAAGCAAACGGCCUUGACACGGAGAAUCAUUCGUGGGGCCAAAAUCUGCAAGAGGCGACUGUUAGCAUCCCAGUUUCUCAGGGAACCAGAUCAAGGGACGUUAUCUGCGAUAUAAAGAAGAAGUAUCUGACGAUUGGGUUAAAGGGUCAGGCUCCGAUUCUUGACGGGGAGUUGUUCGGGAUGGUGAAACCCGACGAAUGCUACUGGAGCUUGGAGGACCAAAGCAUGAUCUCUGUGUUUCUGACCAAGUGUGAUAAGUCCAACUGGUGGAAAUCCUUGUUGAAGGGAGGUCCCGAGAUUGACACUCAGAAGGCAGAACCUGAGCCCAGCAAGUUGUCUGAUUUGGACUUUGAAACGAGGUCAGCCGUCGAGAAGAUAAUGUUUGAUCAGAGACAGAAACAAUUGGGGCUUCCCACCAGCCAGGAGAUCGAGAACCAAGAGAUGCUCAAGAAAUUCAUGGCUCAGAAUCCGAAUUUCGACUUCUCCAAUGCUAAGAUGAUGUAAAGCCAAUAAGAUUAGCUCCAUACAUUUUUUCGUUUUUAGUUACAUUAUAAUAUCUUA